AGUGUCUAUCGUCUUGUGCUGAAGGGAAGAUGAAGGGUAUUAUUCUGUUUACACUUCUGACCAUCUGGUCAAAUGUAGAUUGCAAGUCUUGCUCAUAUUCUCCAUCGCAGUGGUGUACCUCUUUGGACUCAGCCAUCGAAUGUGGGGUUCUGAAGCAGUGCCUGGAAACCAAUGCCACCAAGCCCAACACGCUGGACCAGUCAGUUCAGGUGGAGCUGUAUUAUGAGAGUCUGUGCCCAGCAUGCCGCUACUUCCUCACCUCACAGCUCUUCCCUACAUGGACCAUGCUACAGGACGCCAUGAAUGUCACGCUGGUGCCCUAUGGAAAUGCAGAAGAAUCUUUUGAUGGGAAGAAGUAUCAGUUCACCUGCCAGCACGGUGAAGAAGAGUGUCUUGGCAACAUGCUGGAGACCUGCAUAUUCAGUGUUACAGGAAGUAACGCGUUCCAGAUAAUCUACUGCAUGGAGGCCUCCACUGAUGUGGUUAAAGCAGGCGAGAAGUGUGUGGAGCUCUAUGACCCAAACACCAAGUGGGACAGCAUCAUGACCUGUGUGAAGGGAGACCAGGGGAAUCAGCUAAUGCAUCAGAACGCAGUGAAGACUGGUGCCCUGAAGCCAGCCCACGACUAUGUGCCUUGGAUUGUCAUAAAUGGGGAGCACACAGAAGAACUUCAGGACAAAGCAAUGUCUUCACUCUUCGUUCUGAUCUGCAGCAUGUACAAGCCGUCCAAGCCUGAAGCCUGUAGUACGGCUCUGAUGAAACGACACAGAAGUUACAGUUACCAUGGCGAGUAAAUCAUCUACGUCUCAACACUGCACUAUACUGCCAUGUGCCUCUGUGUUUGAUUGCUAAAUAUGGAUGGUAAAUGCUAACUUAAACAUUUGUGGUAUCAAUAAUGUUUUAACGCUGUCAAUGCUUUUUUAAAAUCUGGUUUAACUAUCAAUAUUACACAAUUAUUCAAAAAUCCAGAAAAUGGACGUCAUGUACUGUUUCAUUGUUCAAUGAAUGAGCCUUUGUGGAAUGAGCUGUGUGAAUUAAGCUCACUGAUAGCAAUCCAUUUUUUAUAAAGUGAUUAAGUUACACUAGCCUUUGCAAAGGAAUAGGGGGAUGUAAUGAAUACGAAAUUAAAGUAAACUACUUU